AAUAUUGUUUGUGCACUACAUUUGUGCUUUUGAAAACAGACAGAGAUAGAUAGAAGCAUGGAUAGGCUUCUAUCAUCUUCUUCACCCCCUUCUCUCAAAACCCUCAAACCUUUACCAUUUUCCAAUCGACCAUUUCAAUAUGCAUCAACUUUCAAUCUUUCCCCGUCAAAACGCUCUUUCUUCACACCAAUUUCUUGUAACCGCCAAAACCCAUCUCCAUUAUCAUCAUCAUCAUCUUCCAUACAAUCCAAUCACUUUCCAACCCUUUCUUCAGAAAACUCGGUACCCCAACCCAAUUCUCUCACUCAGAUCGCAACCGGGGCUUUCCAGAAACCAAAGGCAAUAACAGCUCGGACUAUUGUAAUUCUCUCUGCUGUUGUAGCGUUCUUAAUUCAACCAGCUAUUGUACCAGCAGCCUUUGCAACGUUUCAAACGGCUGCCGGAGGUCCUGCUGCAGCUGCAGUUGGGGGAAAAUUAAUCCGCACUGAGCUCCUGAGUAGUGCUUGGACUGGUUUUUUUGCUGGCUGUUUGCACACUCUAUCAGGGCCGGACCACCUUGCUGCUUUGGCUCCUUUAUCUAUUGGUCGCACCAGAUUGGAGAGUGCUGCUGUAGGAGCCCUUUGGGGUUGUGGUCAUGAUGCUGGUCAACUUAUCUUCGGCUUAAUAUUUUUAAUAUUGAAGGAUCGACUUCACAUUGAAAUUAUCCGAACUUGGGGCACUAGAGUGGUUGGUUUAACCCUGCUAGUAAUUGGUGCUAUGGGAAUUAAAGAAGCUUCAGAAGCUGCUGCCCCAUGUGUAGCCUUAGAAAAUGGCGAGUGUGAUGUGGGUGUCUAUGAAUCACUUAAUAAUCCAUCACCCCGAAAGAAGAAGAUUGGUUUUGCAACAUUUGCGACAGGGAUAGUUCAUGGACUGCAACCAGAUGCAUUGAUGAUGGUAUUGCCUGCCCUUGCUCUGCCUUCUCGUUUGGCCGGUGCUGCAUUUCUCACCAUGUUCUUAGUUGGAACCGUAGUUGCUAUGGGAGGUUAUACCGUGUUCAUAGGUUCGUGUAGCCAGGCACUAAAGGAUAGAGUACCUAGAAUAACAGAGAAGCUGACUUGGGCUUCUUCCCUUAUCGCAAUAGCCCUUGGAUUUGCCAUCAUUAUUAGCCAGUUUUUUGGGUUUACACUCUACUAAUACAUCUUCAAUCUGCAAGGUACCUUUUAUUUACAAACACAGUUCGGGUCAAGAAAAAGUAGAGAGAUAUUAGGGAGAACUUUGUUUAGAUUAAGUUCAUGUGAAAUUGUUUCUUAUUGAUUAUUUGAUUUUGCUUUUGAAUGUCUAUAGUUGUAUGUUUAAUGAUUCUGCAGCUGAGAACUACGUAGCUCAUUUCUCAAGUAUUUAUCGAUUUGAUUUUAGUUUA